UCUCGAGCCGUAGGGACUCAGUGUCGAAACACAUAGACUACGUUAAAUACGUUACGAUUUUCUGAGCGUGAAUGGUGUCCGCUGAGAAGUGCUGGUGGAAAAGUUUAGAAGCAGACAAGUUCAUUGUCCUUUAGGAGAGCCCACAACCGCCGGGAUGUCAGCUCAGAUCAUCAGCGGGAAAGAAGUCUCUGCCCAGGUGAGGGAGAGGCUGAAGAAGGAUGUGGAGGCCAUGAAGGAGAAAGAUCCAAACUUCAGACCAGGCCUGGUGGUGCUACAGGUAGGAGACAGAGAAGACUCCAACCUGUACAUCAGCGUGAAGCUGAAAGCUGCUGCUGAGAUCGGAAUCAAUGCCACGCACAUGAGGCUUCCCCAGACUGCUACUGAAGAAGAGAUCCUGCAAAGCAUCAGAAACGUCAACAACAACUCCAGUGUUCAUGGGCUCAUUGUGCAGCUGCCUUUGGACUCUGUUAAUCGCAUUAACACCGAGAAGGUGACCAAUGCUGUGGCUCCAGAGAAGGAUGUGGAUGGUUUAACUAGCAUUAAUGCAGGGAAGCUGGCCCGUGGUGAUCUUGGAGACUGUUUCAUUCCCUGCACUCCCAAUGGCUGUAUGGAGCUCAUUAAACAGACAGGCAUGUCGGUGGCAGGAAAAAGGGCUGUUGUGAUUGGCCGCAGUAAGAUUGUAGGCGCACCUAUGUAUGACCUCCUGCUCUGGAAUCAUGCCACUGUGACCACUUGUCACUCAAAGACUGCUGACCUGGCUGCUGAGGUGGGAAAGGCAGACAUUUUGGUGACUGGGAUUGGAAAGCCUGAGAUGGUGAAGGGAGAGUGGAUUAAGAAGGGAGCGAUAGUCAUCGACUGUGGUAUCAACCAUAUUCCAGACAGCACUAAGGCUAACGGGAGGCGGGUAGUGGGCGAUGUUCAUUUUGCCUCUGCUAAAGAACAGGCAGCCUUCAUCACACCCGUGCCAGGAGGAGUUGGCCCUAUGACUGUUGCUAUGCUCAUGCAGAAUACCGUUCUUAGUGCUCAGCGCUUCCUUCAAGCACAUGAACCAGGCAAAUGGAACAUCUCUUAUACCAAACUCAACUUGCAACGACCCGUUCCAAGUGAUAUUGUCAUCUCUCGCUCUUGCGUGCCCAAGCCAAUUGACUGUUUGGCCAGUGAGAUUGGGCUGCUCUCUUAUGAAGUGGAGCUCUAUGGCAAGACCAAGGCUAAAGUACAACUGGAAACUAUUGAUCGACUGCGGGCCCAAGCUGAUGGCAAAUACGUAGUUGUUACUGGAAUUACUCCUACACCUCUUGGAGAGGGAAAGAGCACCACUACCAUAGGAUUGGUGCAGGCACUUGGUGCUCACCUUAAUCGCAAUGUGUUUGCUUGUGUACGCCAGCCAUCUCAAGGCCCAACGUUUGGUAUCAAAGGUGGUGCUGCUGGAGGUGGUUAUUCUCAAGUUAUUCCCAUGGAGGAGUUUAAUCUUCACCUUACUGGUGAUAUCCAUGCCAUCACAGCAGCAAACAACUUGGUAGCUGCUGCCAUCGAUGCCCGUAUGUUCCAUGAGGCCACUCAGUCUGAUAAAGCCCUUUUUAACCGCCUUGUGCCGCUGAGCGGAGGCCAGAGGAAAUUUUCUCCCGUGCAGAUCAACAGACUAAAAAAACUGGGCAUAGAAAAGACUGACCCCUCCACGCUGACCGAGGAGGAGAUCACUCGCUUUGCCCGACUGGACAUUGACCCUGAAUCCAUCACCUGGCAGAGAGUUUUGGACACCAAUGAUCGUUUCCUGCGGAAAAUCACAGUUGGCCAGUCUCCCACUGAGAAGGGUCAUACCAGAACAGCUCAGUUUGACAUCACGGUGGCCAGUGAGAUCAUGGCUGUCUUGGCUCUUACCAGCAGUAUGGAGGACAUGAGGCAGAGGCUUGCUAAAAUGGUGGUGGCCACUAGUCGUAGUGGAGUUCCCAUCACUACUGAGGACCUGGGUGUGUGUGGAGCACUGACAGUUCUAAUGAAAGAUGCCAUCAAACCUAACCUAAUGCAGACAUUAGAGGGAAACCCUGUGUUUGUUCAUGCUGGACCUUUUGCCAACAUUGCGCAUGGGAACUCCUCCAUCUUGGCUGAUAAAAUUGCUUUGAAGCUGGUGGGGCCUGACGGAUUUGUAGUGACUGAGGCAGGCUUUGGUGCAGACAUUGGGAUGGAGAAGUUUUUCAACAUUAAGUGUCGUUAUUCUGGACUGAGGCCUCACGUGGUGGUGCUGGUGGCCACGGUCCGAGCACUGAAGAUGCAUGGUGGAGGACCAACAGUCACAGCUGGAAUGCCUCUACCGAAGGAGUACACCGAGGAGAAUCUCGAACUGGUGGAGAAAGGCUGCAGCAACUUGAGGAAACAGGUGGAGAAUGCCAAGCAUUUUGGGGUACCAGUCGUUGUUGCGGUCAAUGCUUUCAAGACAGAUUCUGAAGCCGAAUUGCAGCUGAUCUGUAAGCUGGCUAAAGAAGCUGGGGCCUUUGAUGCGGUGCCCUGCACUCACUGGGCAGAUGGGGGCGCUGGAGCUGUUGAGCUAGGAAAGGCCGUGCAGAAAGCUGCAGAAGCCCCAAGCAAAUUCAGCUUUCUCUACGACAUCGAGCUGCCCGUUGUUGAUAAGAUUAGAAUCAUUGCACAGAAGAUUUAUGGGGCUGAUGACAUUGAGCUCCUCCCAGAUGCCCAGCAUAAAGUAGACCUGUACACCAAACAGGGUUUUGGCAAUUUGCCAAUUUGUAUGGCAAAGACCCACCUAUCACUUUCUCACGAUGCUGAAAAGAAAGGUGUGCCCACUGGCUUUGUCCUGCCUAUCCGAGACAUCCGUGCCAGUGUGGGCGCCGGCUUCCUCUACCCAUUGGUUGGCACGAUGCCCACUAUACCAGGCCUGCCAACACGUCCCUGUUUCUAUGACAUUGAUCUAGACCCACUGACUGGAGAAGUCAUCGGACUCUUCUAGAGGAGAGCCAUACUGAACCUGUACUGGAUGGGUUUUUUUUUUUGUCAUCAAAUUAGGGAGAUGUACUAUUCUAAUAAAACUCUUGCAUAGUUUUAAUGUGGUCUUCAUAGUUGUCAUAAGAGCUGUCUGCUGUAGGUGUUAUUAUAAGCUUCAACAGUGGUUUAACGUAGACAUAGAAACUGCUCCUUACACCUUUUAUGAUUUCCAUUUAUGGUGAUGCAUGUAGUUUUGUUUAUUUUGCAAGUCUGAAGCCUGAUUUUUAAAAAAUUCAUUACGCAAGUAAUAGUACAAAUAACACCCCUGACUAUGCGCUUGAGAUUGCACAAGAGCACGUGUAAAGCAAUUGUUAUGUUCACAGAUCACGAGUGCAAAUCUAGGGCCUGAUUUUUAUUAACAAAUGUUAUGUUGGCACCCUUCCUCUCUAAAAUAGUAGAAAUAGCCUACGGCAGUACAUGCCCUCACAUAGCCGCCUUUGCAAACUGCAGGUCCACAUAGUUUCUUCUGGAAACUGUCUGUAGUAAACAUGAAACGGUUGAAACUUUUUUUUUUGUUGUUGUUGUUGUUUUGGAAGACUUUGUAGAGUGCCUUUAACAACUCACUACAUCCUUUGCAUUUACAGUGUUCAGAGUAAUUUAAUCAGUUCUCUUGUUAAAUCUACACACUGAUAUUUAAGGAUCUUCUGAGUGCUGUUAUUUAAAUAUAAGCAGUGGCAAUAAGGACUGAAAAAUGUGAAUAAUUUUUAUAUUCCUUUAGGGCAGUCUCUUUCAGAUUGAUUGUUUUAUCAUGAAAAAAUGCUCUGCAAAAGAAAAUAACCCCAGUUGUUGCUAUAAGGGCUGUGUAACAUGUUCUUCUAAAUACUGUGAUUGAGAAGUUCUAGAUUUAUUAAAUUGUAAUAAUGUUUUUGUCUCAAGUAUGAUUCAUACUUUAUUGCUGACUGUCCUGGUCUGGUCUGCUUCAUGUAUUCAGGCUCAUGCUUGGUCUUUCUGUGGUGUGUCUUUGUUAUGUUACAUAGUAAUUGCAAUGGAAUGAGACAGAUUAGGCCUGUCUGGGAUGUAGACACUGCAGUUAGCUGUUUAUGUUUAAUAUUACCUGAAUUAAUUCAGACAGACUGGAUGGCUGUCAGCCAUGCACUCGAAUACUAUGACCUCCAAUAACUGAUGUUUAUGAUUAUGCUGGAAAUUUUGACAUGCAAAAACUGUUGCUUUUGUUUAAUUUUCUUUUGUAAGAUCAUUCAACCUGAAACUGAAAAUUGUGUCUUGUUCAUUUAAUAAAAUCUUUAUUCCUUUGGUACUGGU